AUGACCAUCAACGGUGUGGGCGGUGCAGUUGUCGACCCCAGUGUUGACCCUCGUGUCCAAUGCCUCCAGUGCCUCGGCUUUGGUCAUAUGGCCAGGUCCUGUCCGAACCCUAGAGUGUGUCACCGGUGUGGCCAGCCUGGUCAUGAGAGUAGAAGAUGCCAUUUGGGACCAGGGCCAUCAUUGGUUAUGCAACCGAACCCGUCUACGACCAUUGCCCCGAGAAAGCCUAGUUGA